UUCGCCUACAUUCUAGUACUUCAUCUGCUGUUACCAAAACAGAGAAAAUUCAAGUAAAAUGACGGCCCUCUCUCAGGAGGCCUUUAUCGCCUUUAAAAUCACAUUCACAGUGAUGGUUAUCGUGAACAUUGCAGGGAAUUCCCUGGUCUGUCUAUCCGUACGCCGCUUUCCAUGGAUGCAAACACCGAUGAACUACCUUCUCGUUCACCUCGCUGUAUGCGACAUAUUAGGUGGGUUAUUCACUCUUCCUCGAGUAAUACUCCAGGGUUUGUACGACCAUCCAGACGGUCUGACGGGUGAUGUGCUGUGCAUAUUUUUGACACAUGGGAACUUGGGCUGGCUUUGUUGUUGUGUAAGUGUCUACACACUUCUUGCCAUAGCGUUUGAAAGAUAUACUGCCAUUGUGAAACCCCAUGCACCGAGGUUCACUCGCAAAAAAAUCCAAAUCGUAAUCGUCGCAAGUUGGCUUAUUGGUGGUGUUGUAUGUCUCCCGGAGACAACAGCAACAGCAUACAAUAGUAAAACCAAGUGGUGUGGGUAUGUUUGGAUGUGGAAUUGGCUCCCGGUGUUUGAUUCGAUGCUUUGGCUUAUGGUUGCCUGUAUCAUUCCAGUAUCCACGUUAAUCGUGUUAUAUGGCAGAAUCAUUCAGAUGCUUUGGUUUUCAAAUGACCAAGUGGAAAAUAUUUCCCAACGAUCACUCAUGAAAUCACGUAAGAGAAUCACAAGAGUUGUUCUGACUGUGACAGUGAUUCUGUUUGUGUGCUGGAUACCUAACCUUCUGUACUACGCUAUCUCGGUAUUUCUUUCCCGACAGUCGAUCUUCAUUGCUGAAGAUCGUAAGAUAAUUGCUCCUGUGUGGUUUCAAGUUAGCCUGGUGCUGCUCUUGCUAAACUCCAGCAUCAAUCCGUUUAUCUAUGCACUACAAGACAUCAGAUUUAGAAGAUGCAUGCGGAGGCUACUAUGUGGGACGGGAAGUAAUCACCAGGGAGGUAAUAUUCCAGAUGAAAAUGCACAAUAAAGCAAUGCAGAUUAACAGAGAUGUGUGCUUAAGAAUCGCAAAAGAAAUGCUCACAAUUUUUUCAUGGACGAACAAGGAUAAACUUACAUUCUUUUGGAACUUGAAUAUGAGCAAUAUCGUCAAUACGAUCCCAGAUUAGUGUUGCAGAAUCCUACAGAAUCCUAAUAAACUAACAGUGUAAAUGAACCAUAAACUAAUGGCAAUAAUAACUGAGACCUCACCUGCAUUAAACAAAAAUAUAUGACCACUUUCAAGAGUAUAUAAUCCAGGGUUAUUCAUAUUUCCUUCUAAAAAACAAGUACAAGCUCAACGUUUAUGAUAAAAACAUGGCUGUUAUAAUAGGUCUAAACUUCCAAUUGAACAAAGGAUGAAAAAAUUCAAAUUUGCACCAACGCAGCUGCACGUUGCUUGUAUCUUUUAAAACACUAAGAUACCAGGUUACACCUUGAAUUCAGGACACAUUCACAUAUUUCUCAAACCACCCAUAAGUAUCCGCCGGAGUCAAAUACCAAGUAAUCCACAUUAUUUAUUUGAUACGUAGGGACUGAAGGAAAAUUUGAUUCAUACAGCUAUUUUACAUAAUGUUUUCUAUAAGAACGGCAAAUUCCCGAUCGAAAGCUAUUGGCAUUUUACUCACUCGAUAUUGUUAUUUCUAUGAAACUCUGAUAAACGCACGC